AUGCCCGCCUCCGGGCUUUUUUUGGUUUGCCCCGGCGCCGCGACUUUCUACAAGCGCCACCCCCCGGGGAGGCGCCGCCGGGCGUUAUCUGGCGCCUCCUGCUGCCCCUUCCCCGCAAAGGCGCGCCGCGGCCCAUCAACUCCCCGCGUCUCGGAGGUGAGCGUCACGCCUCCGCCUGACCUCGGCCUCGAACAUCGGCCUAAAACCUCGGAGCUGUGA